AUUAAUCUACUUUUGCAAAAAGUAAAUAUUAGCAAUCAACACCGUAAUAUUAAAAUAUCCAAAGAGAAUGUAUUCAACUAAAACUCCCAAGUAUCGCAUUGAAGAAUCCGAUUUAAAAUGUAAAAAUGGCUGUAAUUAUUACGGUAAUGCUGCUUGGCAAGGGUAUUGUAGUGUAUGUCACAGAUUGCAACAACGAGCUUUAGAAGAAGAGCGAGUUAACAAUCUGAUAUUAACACAUGAAUGUGAAAAUAUAAGUAAUAUUGAAAAUGAACAUCGUCGAUUAGAUAAAAGUAAGUCAAAAAUGACAGCAUUUUCUAGACUACGAAAAUUACCAAACAAAGAUCAGGAACCAAAAGUAUUAUUAAAAGAACCAAACACUUGUACAUUAUCUGACUUUCAAAAUAUUGAAAAAGAUUCUACUGAUCUACUUUGUAUUAUUAACAAAACCACUAUUGGUAAUGAUGUUAUAAAAAAAAUAACUCAUUUUUUAAAUGAAAUUAUGGAAUAUAAAGAUAGUAAAAGAAUAGAAAAGUUAUCUGAUAUAACUCAAACUUUUUAUCAAAAUUUCUCAAAAUCAAUGGAAGAAAAUUCUAUUUAUAAAGAUGUAUCAAUAGAUAUUAAAGAAAAACUUCUUGAUUAUGUUGAAAAACAUUCAAUGACUUUAUUAUAUAGCAUUUUAUUUUGCCCUCACUACACUAACGAUGAAGAAAAAGAUUUAGAUAUUCAAAAACGAAUACGACAAUUGAAUUGGGUUAGUGGCAAAAACUUGGAAUGUAAAAUACAUGAAACUAGUGUUGAAGUACGCGAAUUAGUUUAUACAUCAAUGAUGGAUUUAUUGAAUAUGGAUGCAGCUAAAGCACCUCAAGAAAAACUGGCAUGCAUUAUCCAUUGUUGCAGUAAUAUAUUUUUAUUGUUACAACAAUCUGUUGGUGGACCAGCAUCUGCUGAUGAAUUCUUGCCAGCUUUAAUAUUUAUAGUUCUUAAAGCAAAUCCAGCAAGACUUAAAAGCAAUAUUAAUUUUAUAACAAGAUUUUGUAAUGCUAGUCGACUUAUGACUGGAGAAGGUGGUUAUUAUUUUACAAAUUUGUGUUGUGCUAUAUCAUUUAUUGAAUGUUUAACUGCAGAGUCCUUAAAUAUGACUAAAAGCGAUUUUAAUGCAUACAUGUCUGGAGAACGUGUUCCAGCUAAUACAUGGGAAUCAGCUCUUAUGAUUUGUGAAAAUUUACAUCUAGUGUGUGAAAAUAUAACAUUGUUACAAGAAUUAAAAAUUGAAAAUAAUGAAAUACUACAACAAGCUAUUGAAUUAAAAGAGGAUAUAAUCACAUUUCAUCAUAGGAUAACUGAUAAGACAACUGCUGCUAUUAAAAAAUCUCCUUUAAUUAUUUCAAAAACUAAAAAAGUUCAAAUGAAUUUAGACUUGGACAAUGAAGCAUGUCUUAAAUUACCUACACCAUUAAUCCCCAAUGUAAAUGAACACCAAUAUACAAGUCAAAUUGAUUAUAAUUCCUUGACAAACCAGCACAAUUUAAAUCCUGUUUCAAAAAAAGAAUAUUCCACUCCUUCGCCAACAUUUGAUUUUAGCCUAUUUGAAGAUAAUUAUAAAUUAGAAUCUGUAAAGGGAGAUGAUAAUACAAGCCUUAUUAGUUUAGAUCUACACAGUAAUAGUAUAAAUAAUGAAUUUCAAAUACCUGAAGAGACUGCAUCAAUUAAUUUAUUAGAUGAUUUACAAAAUAACAGUGAAAAUUUACCUUCGCCACUCAAGCCCUCAACUUCAAUGCAACAAGAUUAUCAUGGUUUUUCCAUUCAAGGUUCAACUAUUCCUAUCAUUCCUUGUAAUACUGGUGAUUUAUUAUUUAAUUCAAAUUCAGAAGAAAUUUCUAAUAAUUAUCCUAACUAUUGU